AGCUUUUUGGACAAACUGCGUGAAAUACUCGCACGUUGGCAAGGAGAGGACCAUCUCACUUGGCUGCUGCAACGCAAACAAAUAGAAGCUGAUCUUCUACUACUGUUUACUGAGUCGCAAACUGAAGUGCACAAGUGUUAUCUCAAACAAGGGCAACAACCCAAACUUGGUAGUGACGCAAAUUGCAUUGCCGCUCUUCUGGCUACGACCUUGACAGGUUCAACAGCCCGAGAUUUCUAUCAGUUGAAGGGAGACCAUGCACAGACUUUAAUUGACGAUCUCCAGACUUUAUUUGACAGUCCUGGAACAGAACCAGUGAUGAGACCACUGUUCCUCCAUGGCCUUAUCAGAUUAUCAAGAAAGUCGACUCGUUUUCCGUCGCGGUUAUCCUUAAAGGGGGUAGAGUAUGAUCGUAAAAUGGUCAUAAGAGGUGGAUACGGAGACGUUUACAAAGGAUCAUGGGAGGGUCGCGCAGUUGCCGUCAAAGUUGCCCGAUUAUAUGAUGAAAGCACCCGAGACAAAAUAUUGAAGAGCUUUUCGUCCGAGGCCGUCAUCUGGUGCAACGUGAAUCACGAGAACCUUGUCCCUUUCCAUGGCGUUUAUCGUCCACCAGGCGAGGACGUUACGAUUUGUCUCGUCUCCCCUUGGAUGGAUAACGGGAACAUCAAUCAGUAUCUUCAGCGAUACCCAAACACGAAUCGUCUUCCUCUGAUUCUAGACGUCGCUCGCGGUCUCCAAUAUCUGCAUACAAUGAAGCCUGCUAUCAUCCACAGUGAUUUGAAAGGAGACAACAUCCUGAUGACCGCAUCAGGCAAGGCUUGUAUUGCUGAUUUCGGAAUCGCGGCCACAAGGAAUGGUUUCAUGAUGAAUGUGUUCUCUUGUACCCAAACCCAGAGCAUUUGUGGAACAUUGAGGUGGGCGGCACCAGAAAUCCUUGCCGAUGUACCUGUCGAUCAACCAACCCAACAUACGUGCAUGAGCGAUAUGCAUGCAUUCGGAUGUGUUUGCUACCAAAUUUACACCGGAAAGGUUCCAUACUGGGAAACUGAAUCUUUCACGACGGUCCUGAAACAUAUCAUGUCUGGUCGCGGCCUUGUGCGCCCCUCCCGCAGUGAGUGCGCGAGUCGAGACUUGAAUGACGAGUUGUGGAAUUUUAUGGCGGCUUGUUGGCAACUUAACCCUUCUGGUCGUCCUACUGCGAGUUCGGCAGUAGAUUUCUUGCAAUCCCAGCAGAACCAGGCGUAGGAGGAACCUUUGGAAGGUCCCUUUGAUGCUACUGGGUAGCAUCUCGCCUGUAAGCCACAGAACAGAGACGAAUGGAUUCGAUAGCAGCGCUGGGACAUUUAUGGACAUUUAUCUUUUCACUUUCACCACGCUCCCUAACACUUUCAUGACCCUUUCUCAUGAGCGGUUACUAUGUAGCAGUACAAUGUACUCUACUCCACACCUAUACAACCAAGUUGAACGUCAAGCUACAACUACCUUGUAUAUUCUCCUAUAAUUCACUUUGUAGCCCUUGUCGAUUCUUAUUACCUUGUAUACCGUUACCGUAUAGCAAUAUCAUAUCGCAGUAUUUGGUUGUGUUUCUGUUCCCUAGGAUUUCCAGUCGUCUUCAUCGUCCUUGAGCUCAGCUGAAUCAU